AUGAUGUCAGAGUGCGAUCCGACAGAGCCUGGAAACGGUUUGCCCGCGCUGCUGGACACCGGGGCCGGCGCGGAGGCGACUUUUCACUCGUACUCGGCCCCCCCGCAGGCGUCACUCGACAACAACCGAAUGGGACUUGGGCUCGGGGCGAACCCGGGAGUCGCCGUUCGCAUUUCGGGCUCGUGUGAAAGCGUCUUGACCGAGCUUGAGAGCGACGGCUCCGGCGAAGAGGCGCUGCUGUUGCCGUGCCUCGCCGGAAGCUCGACGUCUCCGAGAGGCGGCGGAGACGAGCGGAGCAGGCGGAGCAGACACAGCUCGUCGUCGGAUAAAGACACCCUGGCGUCCCCUGGUACAAACAGCGGGGAUUUGAACCAUUUCCCCGAUGAUCUAGAGUUUGCAGACAUUAUCCAAAGAGCAGAACAUGCUAUUGAAGGUGGCGUCUUUCCAGAACGGAUUUCCCAGGGAUCCAGUGGGAGCUACUUUGUCAAAGACCCAAAAGGGAAAAUUAUUGGUGUUUUCAAACCAAAGUCAGAGGAACCUUACGGUCACCUGAACCCAAAAUGGACCAAAUACUUUCACAAGCUCUGCUGUCCGUGCUGUUUUGGCCGAGGCUGCUUAUUGCCCAACCAGGGUUAUCUCUCGGAGGCUGCAGCCUCGCUGGUCGAUACUAAACUUAGUCUUGGGGUGGUUCCAAAAACCAAGGUGGUGUAUUUAGCAAGUGAGACAUUCCAUUACAAUGCUAUCGACAGAGCAAAGUCCAGAGGAAAGAAGUACGCCUUGGAGAAAGUCCCUAAGGUGGGACGACGCUUCCACAGAGUGGGCCUCCCCCCAAAGGUGGGCUCGUUUCAGCUGUUUGUGGAGGGUUACCGCGAAGCUGACUACUGGCUGCGGCGCUUUGAGGCCGAACCUCUGCCGGAGAACAUCAGGAAGCAGCUGCAGUCCCAGUUUGAGCGACUGGUCGUCUUGGAUUAUGUCAUCAGAAACACAGAUCGGGGAAAUGACAACUGGUUGAUCAAGUAUGAGAAGCCAGGAGAAGGAGAUGAAAGGCAGAAGGACGCAGGAUGGCCGGAGAAGAGUACGGACUCCUGCAUCAAGAUUGCAGCGAUCGACAACGGCUUGGCCUUCCCCUUUAAACAUCCAGAUGAGUGGAGAGCGUACCCCUUCCACUGGGCCUGGCUCCCCCAGGCGAAGGUCCCCUUCUCGCAGGAGACCAGAGACCUGGUGCUGUCCCGCCUCUCCGACAUGAACUUUGUCCAGGACCUCUGUGAGGACCUCUACGAGAUGUUCAAGACGGAUAAAGGCUUUGACAAAACUAUGUUUGAGCGACAGAUGUCCGUCAUGAGAGGACAGGUGUUGAAUCUGACUCAGGCUCUGAAGGACGGCAAGAGCCCCAUCCAGCUGGUGCAGAUGCCCCGGGUGGUGGUGGAGCGCAGCCGGUCGGGCGGCCAAGGACGAGUCGUCACUCUGGGCAACGCUUUCACACAAACCUUCCACUGCAAGAGGCCCUUCUUCACGUCUUGGUAGAGUGAGGGACGCUCGGGAGAAAAUUCUGGAAAUGCUUCUUUUUUUUUUAAGCAUGCAAGGGAAGAGAUUAAGAAGGUGAAGGCAUCUCCCUGAAGGCGGUGCACGUGUGCACUGAUGAGGAACGGGAGAUUCAACAGGAAGCAGAGUGGGAAAAUGUUGAAGGGAAUUUAGUCGAGGAGUUCUGAUUGUGUGACAAAAGUGGAAGCUAACAGUAUUAGCAUACCACUGUCUUGACCCCGCCCCGGACCGAUUCUGGUUGCUAUGGUGACUUGAUUGAAUAAUAAGCUUUGUUACAGAUGUGGGUUUUGUUAAUUGUUUAGAUUUUUUUAAUUCACCCGACAUCGUCUGAAAGCGCGGUUCGUUAGUGGCUUUGUUGC